UACCCAUCGUCUAUCCCCAUUCCCCCAGUCUCAAAUCGGAAGAAUGCUACAGGGGGAUAAGAGAGGCUGAGCUCUAAGAUUGGCGUGCUACUGCACGCUCAAUGAGAGAGGCAUGGCAAGCACUGCUGAUGGGAUGAGUUUCCCCCUACCAUUCUUCUCCAUCUCUUUUUUGUUUCUUUGUUUGUCUUGUUCUUGUUGGUGAUACACCAUAGAACUGGGUCAUUUUUAAUUUGUAUCAAGUGUAGAUAAAUAGCUUCAACCAUAUAAUCGGCUACAUGAAUUUAGCCAUUUCUUCUUGCCAUUUUUCUUCAAGCAGUGGCAUGUAGGGUUGUCCCCUUUUCUGUGAGUGAUAUUUUUUGUUGGCAAGAUGCAGUAGAUGUGAGGGGAUUUUGGGUUCCAUAUUUUGUUUUCGAUCAAGUCCAGAGUAGUAGCUUGAAGCAUAGAAUCGCUCCCCUUUUUUAUUCAAGCAGUGGUAUGUACCGUGUCCUCUUUUUUGUAUGAUUUUUUCCUUCAGACUUUUGGCAUGUUUGAGGAUUAUUACUGAACCCAAAGCCCCUCAUAUCUGUUAUUGAACCAAGCCCAAAGCACCUCAAAUCAGUAGAAUGUUUGUGAAAUCAGCAACAUCUUUGAGGAUUAUUACUGAACCCAACCCCCCUCAUAUCUAUUACUGAACCCAAACCUGAAGCCCCUCAAAUCAGUAGCAUGUUUUUGAUAUCAGUAGCAUGGUUGAGGAUUAUCUUUUGUUUAGUGGAAUGGAGUGGCUCAGUCUCUUAUUUUGUUUUAUUUUAGAUUUUGCCAAAAUCCUAUUAAUCACUGGAAAUGGGAUAGAUAAUUACCGAAUCUAUCACUAGGAAGUGGGCAUGUUUAUUUGUUUUUUCAGAUUUUUUAUGGAACCCUAUUUUAUCAGUAGCAGAGGCAUGUUUAUUCGUUUGUCUCAAGUUUUUGAUUAGUAGUACCAUGUGGCAUAUCUAUUUCUCUGGACCCCCCAGAGUUCUUUUUUAUUUUCAUUUUGUGCGUUCAUGCAUAAUAGUGUCUCUUGCUGACCGUGUCGAUCAGCAUGUCGCGGUGGCGAUUUGCGGAUGAAAACCAGUUCUUUGCUUGUAGUUAGAUUCACUUACCACGAUAAAAAAAGCUCUGUUAUUGUGGCACCUCUUUUCAAUUCAGUUUGCUUUUUAGCAUUCCCCUUUGUGUUUGAAGCUGCUUCAAGAGAGCAUUCAAGCAUGUUUCCCUUUGUUGGUCAACAAUGUCACCGGCUGAGGGUGAUUGAGUUAUUCCUUGUCCUAGAAGAAACACAUAGAGCAUCUAGUGAAGAACCUAGUCUGUUUUUGUGUCUUUGUUUGUCUUGUUCUUGUUGGUGAUACACCGCAGAUCUGAAGAGAUUAGGGUCGUUUUUUGUGUGCAUCAAGCGAAGAUUAAUAGCUUCAACUCUAUAAUCGACUCCAGGAUUUUUUAGUUAUUUUCUCGUGUCCUUAUUCUUCAAGAAGCCAAUAGAUUGGAGGUGUGUUAGUGUGUUUUUCAUGCGGAUGUAAGGUGCUGGAGGUGUAAAGCCAAAUAAACUAUACUUUUUCAGUGUUUAAGUUCAGUUAGGUUCAGUUAAUCUAGUUCUUCUCUGCUUAUUUAGCCUGAAAUUCACGUCUGCUACUUCAGACGGUUUCAUCAUAGUAAAUGUGUACUAUUUGUUCUAGAAUCUUCUAAUAGAUGGUUUCAGCCCCGUUUUUUGUGUGUCACCGUUUUUGAGGUUCAUUUCUAGUGAAUAUUUUUUCUACUACCUGUAGUACUAAAGUUCUUAGUAGGCCAAGAGGCUAAGAUUUAACCGUGUCUCUCUGUUGGAUUGUACUGGAUAUUGUUUUUUAUCAACGCGUUUUUUAUGCUUUGUAGGUACUUAUAGAGAAUUUUUUUACACCCCUCUGUACUAAAUUUCUUAGUAGGCCAAGAGACUGAGUGCACUUUUUUUUACAACCCUCUGUUUUCAUGAGUAGUUGAUUAGAGAGAUGUGUAUUUAGGAUUUUUUUCUAAGUUGAACAUUCUUUUUUUUGUUGUGAAAUGACAAGCUUUUUUUGAGCUGCACUGUUAUGUGCUGUGUUUGUUGUUUUUUCUUUGGGAAUAUGUAUAAGCUGAACUUGAAGGUCUCUAGAAUAAAGCAACAUCUGUGAUUUUUUUGAACCCAAACUAAUUUUUCUUUUUAUCUUUUUAUGUGUGAACAGUAUGCGGUUUGCAGAGUUUGUUUGAACCGUUGCGACUAUGAGAGAAAUGAGGACUCUUUCAGCAUGUAUGUGUCAGAAGCCUUCAAAAACCGAGGGGUUGUGGCAUGCAAUGAAAGGGUGCACUUCGACAUCAUUAUAGAAGAGGAGGUGACAUUCGUGGCAAACACUCGUACAUACACUGUAAGGUGCUACAAGGGUCGCACACAUAGUGCAAUGUAUGGGAGUGGUUGGAAGAAGUUUUAUGAAGACAACAAGCUGGGGAAGGGUCAGUUGGUGUAUUUCUUCCUGGAUCAGCCUUCCCCAAUGGCAGCCAUUUUAUUUCUCCAGCUGGGCAACGGCUCUAAAGACGAAGAUCCCAUGGAAGGAGAUGAUGAAGAUGCAGACGAAGAUGAUGAGCAUGGGGGAGCUCCCCAUGACAAUGAUGAAGGCAUUGUUCGCACAAGGGGGUUCGAGUUGAAUGGGAUCGAGGAAUCUGAGCUUCAAGGCUUACUGCCUCUCAGUGAUAGGUUUGUUGGUUUGCCUUUCAUUCACCGUCUCACAAGGACAAAUGUUCAUUUAGGCAUGAUGAAAAUCCCCAAGAAAGUUGCCGCUGCUACGCUUUUUGAAAAACAUGAUUUUGGUAUUGUUUGUAUGGAUGGUGGGAAUUUCAAAAGAAUCCCAUACCGCACUUACGGUGAUGGCCGAAUUGUGAAUGUCAACAAUGUUGUUCUUUUUGGAUUCAAGAACAGCAAGAGUAGCGAGAUUGAUUCAUUUGUGAUCACGAGGAAGCUUGGGUAGGGCACCGACGAGGAAAGAAGAUGAUCAGAAAGAGCUGCAGUUGGAAACAUGCAUGCUCUCUUUAUCCUAGCAGUAUAUAUGCACCCCGUACUGCAUUUUUAUGUAGGAACUCUAUAUAUGAGAGCCCUGUGUUUUAUGUUUUCGAACUUGGCGGUUUGGAACUAUGCAGAAGGUGCAUUUUAAAUAUAUUAUGAUCUGUAGUUUGGAACUAUGAAGAAGGUGCAGUUUUUAAAUAUUUAUGUGUGACCAUCUAUAU